UUUUUUUUUUGAGAUGAUGGAGUAGGCAACAAAAUUAUGGAGAACUGAGAGAGAAAGAAUGCCACCUUUAUUGGCAUGAAACAUCAUUAAAUGCAAGCCUUACCUUCCCUCACUUCCUCAUUCUUCGCAAACUGUAGGACAUGAGGAUGAAUGGUUAUGUGAGUUAUGGGCACUGGGAAUUUUGCGACGGAAUUCCAGUUACUCGCUAUUUGGAGCCAGUAGUCCAUUCGAAACGGGUCCACUUCUUCCAUGAAAAAGAUGAAGAUCUCUUCAAGGUGCAUGCAAGCGUGAAGCCUGUUUCUUGCUAUCGCUAUAAUGAUCAGAGGAAGAAUGGGAGAGAUCAGGAGAAACAAAUUAAGAGGAGGAAGCAAAAUGGAGCGUGUUAUGCAGGUAUCAGACAACCUAAGGCUGUUGAUGAGGACUUGUACAAGAUACCACCCGAGCUCCUCUAUCAGCUACCCAAGAGGAAGAGAAUGCUUGGCAACUUUUUGUCUGGAUGUCUACGUCUCGACUGCAUUGCUUGAACGAAUCAUUGCCUUCAGUUUUCUCCCUGGCUUUGUGACUAUAAAAUCAAUGUAAUAUUCCAAGAGAAAAUGUGAGAUGAAGUCAUCUUGUAAGCUUUGUGUGUUAAGGCCCCUUUUAAUUUCUCACAUGCUUGUUGUAUAUACAGUGCCUUUACUCAAUGAGCUCUUUGCUUGAUGGAAUUUCUAAUA